CCAGACGGAAGCGGAAGGGGCGGGGCUCGGCGGUCCGAGUCUCCGUGCUGCCGCUGCAGCCGCUGCCGCCACCAGAGCCGGAGCUGGCUGGGCCGCCAAGGCAAGAUGGUGGACUACAGCGUGUGGGAUCACAUCGAGGUGUCUGACGAUGAAGACGAGACGCACCCCAAUAUCGAUACUGCCAGCCUCUUCCGCUGGAGGCACCAGGCCCGGGUGGAGCGCAUGGAGCAGUUCCAGAAAGAGAAGGAGGAGCUGGACCGGGGCUGCCGCGAGUGCAAGCGCAAAGUGGCCGAGUGUCAGCGGAAGCUGAAGGAGCUGGAGGUGGCUGAGUGCGAGGGCGGCAAGGCCGAGCUGGAACGGCUCCAGGCCGAGGCACAGCAGCUGCUCAAGGAGGAGAGGAGCUGGGAGCAGAAGCUGGAGGAGAUGCGCAAGAAGGAGAAGAGCAUGCCCUGGAACGUGGACACACUGAGCAAGGAUGGCUUCAGCAAGAGCAUGGUCAAUACCAAGCCUGAGCAGGCGGAGGAGGAGUCGGAGGAGGUGAGGGAGCAGAAACACAAAACCUUCGUGGAAAAGUAUGAGAAACAGAUCAAGCACUUUGGCAUGCUCCGCCGCUGGGACGACAGCCAGAAGUACUUGUCAGACAAUGUCCACCUGGUAUGCGAGGAGACCGCCAACUACUUGGUCAUCUGGUGCAUUGACCUAGAGGUAGAGGAGAAAUGUGCACUCAUGGAGCAGGUAGCCCACCAGACCAUUGUCAUGCAGUUCAUCCUAGAGCUGGCCAAGAGCCUGAAGGUGGACCCCCGUGCCUGCUUCCGGCAGUUCUUCACGAAGAUCAAGACAGCCGAUCGGCAGUACAUGGAGGGCUUCAACGACGAGCUGGAGGCCUUCAAAGACCGUGUGCGGGGCCGCGCCAAGCUGCGCAUUGAGAAGGCCAUGAAGGAGUAUGAGGAGGAGGAACGCAAGAAGCGGCUCGGGCCUGGUGGCUUGGACCCUGUCGAGGUCUACGAGUCCCUCCCUGAGGAACUCCAGAAAUGCUUUGAUGCGAAGGACGUUCAGAUGCUCCAAGACGCCAUCAGCAAGAUGGACCCCACCGACGCGAAGUACCACAUGCAGCGCUGCAUCGACUCCGGCCUCUGGGUCCCCAACUCCAAGUCUAGCGAGGCCAAGGAGGGGGAAGAGGCGGGUCCUGGGGACCCUUUGCUGGAAGCUGCCUCCAAGUCGGGUGACGAGAAAGAUGUCAGCGCGUGACCUGCCCCAGGCACCGCCUGCCUGCCUGCAGGCCCCUGUGCAACCCUUUUCAGAAAACAAAUAGAUGCCAUCUUCCCAGCUCCUGGCUUCCUCCACUUUUGCUGCUCCUUGACCUAGCCUGGAGGGGCCUGCUCACCCCCUCCACUGCCCCCGCCCCCCAGCGCUCAUCCAAGUCUCUGCUUUGAGUCAAGGGGCUUCACUGCCUGCAGCCCCCCCAUCAGCGUUAUGCCAAAGGCCCGGGGGUCCAGGGAGGGGCAGAGGUCGCCAGGCUGGUCCGCAGGGUGGGGGUGGGGUCCCCAGUCGAGGAACCUGCUCCAGUCACCGUGGGCUGUUUUCACUGUUUGUCCACUGUCUCCUCUAUAGUAAAGAGCAAUUAGCUUCCAAUAAAGGAUUUCAGAUGCUCCAA